AUGGUCCCCCGUUCUCGCGGCGUACCCCAGAAGGGACGCGCAGGGUCCUCGCCCGUACCCGGUGAGAAAUGGACAAGGGCUACCCUCGAAUGGGCUAAAGGGCUAAAGAAGCUAGUCCAACCAAAGGAGAGAAUUCUAAAAGUGGCCACACUGAACGUGGGAACUAUGACAGGGAAACGACAUGAAAUAGUGAGAAUGAUGGAGGAAAAGAACAUAGAGGUGUUGUGUGUGCUGGAAACGAGGUGGGCAGGUAGCAAAGCUCUGGAAGUCAGUAAAGGUUACAAGCUCUUCUAUAAUGGAACUGUAAAUACCAGAAAUGGUGUGGGCAUAAUACUCUGCCCUCAGCUGAAAGACAAAGUGGUUAGUGUGAAUAGAAAGACUGAUCGCACUAUGUCAGUCACAAUCGACAUCUAA